AUGACGAACCCGUUGAAGCAAGAAAUUAGAACUGCAGACGUCUACACAAAGCAAGUAGCAGAUCGUGGAAAUGGCAUUUUCGCAGCACACGACAUCGCACCCAGGUCAGAGGUUAUCUUCGUUGCCCGUCCGUUGAUGGUGGCACUGUCGACUUCAGAACUCCAAAACCGCUGUUAUUAUUGCUAUAGCUCACCGGGGGACUUGGACUACUCUCCUGAAGCCGCCAAUAACCAGGCGUUGAAGGCUUGCAGCGGAUGCAAAGUGGUUAAAUUCUGUGACAAGAGGUGCCAGGCUCGGGCAUGGUCAGAGUAUCAUCGGUUAGAGUGUAAGCUCUACGGCAGACUGCAGCCGAAAAUCCUUCCAACCACAGCCAGAGCCAUCAUUCGAUUGCUGAAGCAGCACAGGGCCAAUCUUCUUCCUCAUUCUGAGUGGGAUCAGCUUCUGGCGCUGGAGAGUCAUCAGGAAGACCUGCUCAAAGCUGGAGGCGAGCGUUGGCAAGACGCCUUCAUCGCGAUGAAGGGCAUCAAAUCCUAUUGUGGUACCGAACACAGCGAGGCGACAAUACUGCGAAUAACCUGUAUGUUGCUUAUCAACUCUUAUACUAUCACAAACCCGACAUUCGACUCUUUUGGGCUCAUUCUCCAUCCCAGACCAGCUCUUCUGAAUCACUCAUGUGAUGCCAAUGCGUUUCUAAGAUUCGACAUCCCGGCAUGGAGCGAUCAAGAGGGCUUUCCACCCUACGGAAGCAUAUCUGUGCAUGCCCUGAGGCCAAUUGCCAAAGAUGAAGAAGUUACGGUUUCAUACGUUGAUCCGACCUUUCCCCGUGACAAAAGGCAAGAAGAACUGAAGGCUCGGUAUUUCUUCACUUGCAGCUGUAGCUUGUGCGCUAGAGGUCGAGACUCUCCUCUCGACAGGUUUCACCAGCCUACACGUGCCAUGACGACAGAUACAACACAGCCAGCAAUUAACGCCAUAAUUUCUGAAACCGGUGACCUGGUGGAGCAGUUUCUCAUGAGCCAAAAUUCUUACCGUGGACGUGAGCACACCCAAAUUGAUACCAUCAAACAGCUCAUGCACCGCCUGGCUCAGACGAAAAGCUGGCCGCUGCAUCGGUACCCUUGGCCUCAGCUGCGGCAGCAGUUGCUCCUUGGACUGAUCGCUUCUCAGAGGUUUUCUGAGGCCCUGUUACAGUCGGCGGUGUUUGUCAGAGGAGUUCAUCCUGCUUUGUUCGAGCAAGAGCACUAUCCAAUGCGAGUCGUGCAGAUGUGGACGCUCUGGAUUUUGUGUCGGCAAUGCCUGUUGGCUCUCAUGCUGCGAGGGCGGUCGCCGCACAACAUCCAACUCGACCCCCAGAUGCUCGGGUUCUUGAGCUGUGCCCUGAUUGACGACAUUCGCAGAAUCAUGAGCCAAGGGACCAAAUGGGGCGGAAAGCUGGAAAAGAAGUUUGAUCGGGGGUUUCAGGAUCUGAGGAAUGAAGGUCGCUUCUGGGACGCAUACCAGCAAAACAAGGCAGAGACACGCAAAAUGGUUUUUUCGUGGAUUGAUGAUCAAGUCAGGACUCUAUUACAGCAGGAGGGUGUCUCCCAAGAUAUCAUCGACUCGGCCGUUGAACCACAAGGCUGA